AUGUCCGGUAUCUUCCAGCUCCUCGGCGGCCUCGCGCCCCAGGGCCCCACCAACGCUGCUCGCGAGUAUGACGGCUUUGAGCUGCGCUGGAAGAUGUUCGUCUUCCGCCCGGCCACCUUCAAGUUUGAGGGCAUCAUGCUGGCCAUUCUCGGCCUGUACGUCGCCAUCCACCUUGUGGGCAAGGCCAUCAACAUGGGCCGCGCUCGCAAGACCGUCGACGCAUUCACCCCGCUCGUCACGGACAACUUUACAUCGGUCCGCCCGCUCCUCAGCUCGUCGUCGGCCCUCCACUUGCUCUAUGCUACCGGUCGCCGCAACGUCCUCUGCCUCCAGGCCACCCUCAAGCUCCAGCCCCUCCACGACAUCAUCUCGCUCAUCUGGCAGACUGUCUGGUCCAUCAUCGAGCCCACCUCGGACAACAGCGAGGCCCUCGAGGUCGACCUGACCCUCGGCCGUGGUGCCAGCGGUCUCCAGGGCGAGGCUGCCGGUGUCUGGGCCAUUAUUGACAAGGGCUCGCUCACCAAGACCCGUACCCGUUUUGACCUUUCGUUCCCCCGCCUCCACGAGUCGGCCGUUGUCCCCAUCACCCACUCGCUCUUCUCGGAGCACUCUGAGAUCACCGACGCGCUCCUGAAGACCCCCAACGUCGGCAUCACCGACCUCCUCGCCAACCCCGCCGCCGCCAAGGUCCUCAAGACCUUCAUCGUCACCGACCAGCCCCCCAUGCGCCCCACCAAGGGUCCCCUCAAGGCCGAGCACAAGGCCCGCAAGGUCGAGGUCACCUUCAACAAGCCCGCUUCCACUUCGGACAACGAGGCUGUCACCGCCUGGCUCCAGGUCGCCCUCAACGUCUCGGACCUCAUCUCGCGCCCCGGCUUUGUCAAGGCCGAGGUCGGCCGCAAGCUCGCGCGCACCCGCGCCGAGGUCGACGUCUCCCUCGAGAAGCAGUACCAGAAGGAGCUGCAGGAGGACGGCCUGGCCGAGAAGAGCCCCGAGGACAAGCGUGCCGAGAGGAAGCGCCUCGAGCGCUCCCAGCUCAGCGAGAAGGAGCUCAAGCGCCAGGAGGAGCUCAACCGCAAGCGCGAGAUGCGCAAGAUGCAGAAGAAGCAGAUGAAGGCGUAA